ACGCAUUGGAAUAGAGCGUUCCAAAAGGCAAGUUUGAGAGCGAACACCUGAGGUUCAGCGUAUCGAUCCAUCUCUUUUAGCCAUCAUCGCGUUGCCUUGGUUGUUGAAGCCGAGGCAGCGGGUCCUCAUCACGAUACGAAGACACGCUGAGGAGCGCCAAACCCCCGCAGGGCUCCACUCCAUAUCGCGAAAUGGCGUGGGGUUCUCCAGAUUCGGACCUCUCUCCCUGUUCUUCCAUCCUCCGACUUUCCGGCCACCAGGUCGCUCAACAAAGCAGGGAAUUUUUAACGCGGCGGUCAAAUGUCAUCAUGGCGGAUCUCGGAGCGCCUGUCGUUGUCCGUUUCUUCUCUCUCGAAACAAAGCCGCGGCGAUUUCUACGUACCUAUCACGCGACAGCUUCUUGUUCCAGACCCACCCAGUUAUCAGUGGGCGUCUGCUGGUUCCAAGCCACUCAAGCCACUCUGUCGCGCUCACCGUCAGCAACGUCGAAAUGCCCGCCCCGUCAAUGGUCUCGGAACCGGCGCUUCAGCCAGGUCAUCUUUGCCGCUUCAACAACCCAACCAACCGUCCGAGCGGAAGCGCUGAAAGAACAUGAGACCAUGCGCGCGUUUGCGAUGUGCUGCCCCUCGGGCCCAAGCACCAAGCCAGCAGAGCUCACUGGGGCACAGAACCUAGCCGGCGAUCGGUCAGUGGCGUUUCUUGGUAUGCCAGGGGCUCAGCAGGGGAGCCGUUGCCAAGAUCUCGGCGCCAUCACCUUCAACGAACUAACAAGAUGGGCAAAGGGACAAGCUCUGCGCUGGCUCACUCACCGCACAAGCCGUCGCCGGCCCGGUGCCGGCCCGCGUAAUGAGACAAGUCUUGUCGGCCGGCUAACCAGCUCUUUCUGGCCGACGUGUCUUCUGGCAUUCUGGUCGCAGAGCUAACUCGGGAGACAGGAGGGUUGAAGAGCACACGAGCAAAUAUCCCCAAAUAAUCGCGCCCCCACGUCAAUUCCCAUUCACGUCCAGGAUGCUGGCUCGCUUGCGUCGCCGCGCAGCUGCACCAAGCCCCAAAGACAUUUCCCCGACUAAC